AUGACAACUUCUACAAAGCCAUAUGAUUUUACUAAUCUAUCUCGAGAAUUGAAUGCCGUGAAAGAAGAAACAAACGCAUCUAAAGAAGUCAUCACUGCUCCUCCCAUUACAACGAUCCCCUUCAAACAAUUCAAACAUUGCAGUAUUUCCACAUACCCUAAGACACCAUCUUCAUUCUUUGAGACGAGUAAGGAUGUAGCAUUAUAUCAUAACAAACAACUAUAUUCCUCUGAUGAUACGAACUUAAUACCGCAAUUAGAGCCGGCUAUUGCCAAAUUAGCCAACCCAAGUUGCUCUUUGAAUGAAGCACGAGAUUUAAAGCUCCCAUAUUUAGGAUCAGAUCUUUAUGAUGGGUACGAAAGUUUUAUUCCUAUGGAUCCUGAUGAAUUGGAUAGUAUUGAGCCAUGUUUUAAGUAUAUUGAAUCAUGGGAGUUACAAAAUAAGCAUGAUUAUCAAUUGGGGAAUAAGUUUACUAUUGUUUCUGCUCGACAUCAUAUUGUGGAGAUGACAAUGUGUAUUUUUAAUAAGAGGAAGAUGGAUGACUUUAUAUUGAAUGUGACUUAUAAAGGUGGUAGUAAUGGGAUGUUGUUGUUUUCUAGAGAUGUUAAUAAGAAGGAUGAUGGUGGGAUUUACUCUAAAGAUGGAGUUGUAAGGAAAAUCUCUUAUUCAGGGUUUGCGCUGGAGGAUUUAUUGACAACGAAUAAAAAUGAUCAUAAUGCAGACAAUUCUGAUGUUACGCUGGUGGGCGGUGACAAGGCUGUUUUUGCCAUCAUUGAGAACAAAUUAAACGAUGAUAUAUCCUUGUUACUUCGUUGUGAAAUGGAUUCGUAUAAUCCUGUCAACAAAUGUUUCACGGAAAUGAAAUGUUUUGCAAGAUUGAAAAUGAAUAAUCAUAACCAUCGAAGGAAAUUAUUAAAAGCUUGGGUCCAGACCGGUGUCAUACCGAAUUCCGAUAUUUUGAUUGGGAUAAGAGACCCAAUGUUUGGAGAAUUGAAUGAUAUAGAAUGGUUUUCAAGGAUGAAUUUAUAUAGACAAAUCAAUAAUAGAAAUUUACCGGAAGCCAAAUUAGAUUUGAAUUAUAAUGCAGAAAUUGCUGUACAAUGGUCACAACAUUGUAUCAAAUCCAUAUGUAAAUUGGUCGACGAAAGCAUCGAUAAGACGAGAUUAAAUACCUCUCAAUCAUUCCAAAUACGAAUCAAUGCUUCUAGGGCAAUUCAAAUAAAAAAAUUGAAAUCUGUUCCUAAUAAUGUCACUAUGUAUUGUAAGAAAUAG